AUGAUCUGCAUUUACGAUAAUGACAUUCAGCUUGGAAACCAAGAGCGACGGUACCGUUACGAUAAUAAUAAAGUCAAUACUCGGUGUCUUGUAAUAGAUCUGUCGGAUGUUCGAUUACGAAACGGUGCGAUGCUCGGAAGAGUGAUUGCCACAUGUCUGUUGCAAAACACUCAGCAGCAAGGAAGCAGGCAGAGCAGAGAAGUGAUAUUGAACAUCAGUGAUGAUCAGAAAACUCAGUAUUUAAAUCAAGACUUCUAUUCCAACGCGUACAAUUAUGGUUAUCAAGUGAGUCCAAACGGACAAUUUCAUCAUGAGACACGUGGACCCGACGACAUCACGUACGGUUGCUAUGGAUAUAUCGAUCCAUAUGGAAAACUAAAAACAACGUUUUACGUUAGCGAUGGUUGGGGAUACCGGGUAGUUCAACCAGGCAAAGCAAUUGAACUAUUCUUACACGAACAUGAGCACCACCACGAUGAAGACUCACAGCAACAUGAACAUGAUCAUCAUGAGCAUCACGGUGUGAUUACAGAGUGGCAGGAUCUAUAUUUUCCAGAAAUUUGUAGACAAUUCGAUGGAACGAGCACACAACCAAAUACAAUUUUCCCACCUGGACAACGGCCAGGCACGAAUGGAUCAACCAGUGGAGGAACACCACUUCAACCAGGCCAACCACAAUAUCCACCACAAACGCCAGGAUAUCCGAAUGGACCUGGAUAUCCGCAAUAUCCUGGACAACCGGGAAUCCCACUAGAACCAGGAUACCCAGGAACGCCUGGAAGUCCGGGAACACCUGGCACACCUGGACGACCCGGACAUCCUGGAAAACCCGGACGACCCGGACAUCCUGGAAAACCUGGAAAACCUGGAACGCCUUCGAAACCAGGAUAUCCUGGAACACCAGGUACCCCUGGAUCACCUGGUACACCACCGCAGCCAGGUUAUCCGGGAUAUCCUGGAAUUCCUGGGACCCCUGGAUCGCCUGGUACGCCACCACAGCCCGGUUAUCCGGGAACUCCGGGAUACCCUGGAACUCCUGGAACUCCAGGAACACCUGGACAUCCAGGACUUCCUGGAACACCCGGAAAACCUGUGCGCCCCGGACAUCCUGCAAAACCUGGGAAACCUGGAACUCCUGGUACACCAGGACAUCCUGGAACACCACCUCAACCUGGUUACCCUGGGACACCUGGAAGAUACCCUGGAACACCUGGAACUCCUGGGACACCAGGAACUCCAGGAACUCCGUCACAACCUGGUUAUCCUGGAACACCUGGACAUCCAGGAACUCCAGGCACGCCAGGAAGACCGCCUCAACCAGGAUACCCUGGUACUCCCGGGCAACCUGGACAUCCAGGAAUACCAGGAACACCGUCUCAACCUGGAUACCCUGGAACGCCCGGAGUCCCGGGUAUACCCGGAACACCUGGGCGGCCAGGCAAGCCUGGAAAACCAGGUCAUCCUGGAAAGCCUGGUAAACCGGGAACACCAGCUCAACCUGGUUAUCCUGGAAUCCCUGGAACACCAGGUACACCACCGCAUCCUGACUAUCCUGGACAGCCUGGUAUACCUGGAGCGCCUGGAACGCCGCCGCAACCUGGAUAUCCUGGAACCCCUGGUAUACCUGGAACACCUGGAACGCCGCCGCAACCUGGAUAUCCUGGAUAUCCUGGAGCCCCAGGUCAACCUGGACUGCCUGGUAUACCUGGAACGCCUGGAACGCCACCGCAACCUGGAUAUCCUGGAACUCCGGGUCAACCUGGUAUACCUGGAACGCCUGGAACGCCUGGAAAACCGGGUAAACCUGGUAGACCAGGUAAGCCUGGCAAACCCGGCAAACCUGGUAAACCAUGUAAACAUGGCAAACCAGGCCACCAUGGUACUUGCGAUACACCCGGGAGCCAACCACCUCCAUUAGAACCUACAUAUCCUGGAACUCCAGGUGUCGAAGGUCCGCCAGGUACACCUGGACUUCCACCGUAUCCCCCUCAUCCGGGAUAUCCUGGGACACCCGGAAUUCCUCCUUAUCCGCCACAAACGGGUUACCCCGGGACACCAGGCAGUCCUGGCACUCCAGGAACACCUGGAACACCCGGUAUACCGCCACAACCUGGAUACCCUGGUACACCUGGAACACCCGGAACACCCGGAAUACCAGAACAGCCUGGAUACCCCGGUACACCUGGUACUCCAGGACAUCCUGAUACGCCUGGGAGACCUCCACAACCUGGAUACCCUGGGACUCCUGGAACACCCGGUCAUCCUGGAACUCCAGGAAUACCGCCACAACCUGGGUACCCCGGUACACCUGGUACUCCAGGACAUCCAGGAACACCUGGAAGACCUCCACAACCUGGAUACCCUGGCACACCUGGAACACCUGGAACUCCCGGAACACCGGCACAGCCUGGAUACCCUGGAAUCCCGCCACAACCUGGAUACCCUGGCACACCGGGUACUCCUGGACAACCUGGACAUCCAGGAAUACCAGGAACACCGCCUCAACCUGGAUACCCUGGAUCUCCUGGAGUCCCAGGUACACCCGGAAUACCUGGACGGCCAGGCAAACCUGGAAUACCUGGACGGCCAGGCAAACCUGGAAAACCAGGUCAUCCUGGAAAACCUGGAACACCUGGAACACCGGCACAGCCUGGAUACCCUGGUACACCUGGAACUCCUGGAACUCCUGGAACGCCACUAGAACCUGGUUACCCUGGAACUCCCGGAACACCUGGCCAUCCUGGAACUUCAAAACCAGAUCACGGGCAAUAUCCUACGUACCCUGGAUAUCCCACUGGACCACCAGGUCCAGUUGGUGGUGUUGGACCCGAUGGUCCGAAUGGUCCAUGGCCUAAUGGUCCCGAUGGGCCGCAAGGUCCAGGUGGUCCCGGAGGUCCAGGCGGUCCAGAGGGGCCGGAAGGGCCAGUGGGUGGAGUUGGAGGAGUAGGUGGCGAAGGAGGUGUUGGGCCUGAUGGACCAGAUGGUCCAUGGCCGACCGGUUCACCUGGACCUGACGGACCAUGGCCUGGUGAUCCAGGCUACGUACCUGGAGUAGCACCAACUGCGCGACCUCGAUAUGAAGGACCAAUUAAGCUUCAAUAUCCUUUGAGAUAUCCCGAAUCCUCAACACCAGCUACGUUCAAUGAACCCUUCUACGGUGACUUUGGACAGAAACAAGUAGAACGAUUAACGUCCAGUUCCAAGUUCAGUUCAGAUUUCAGAAGAAAUGGCACAUUAGGUGGAAAUUACGAGAAGAACGUCGAGUCUACUGAUUUUGGGUAUCCAACCAAAACAAGCGGUCCGUUCGGUUUGAAAGAAAACCAAUACCAAGGUUCCUCGGAAAGACAGGGAUAUAGCCAAAAGCAACUAAAUCAGAAUGCAGAUGCAAUUAAUUCUUUGCUACAGAAGCAACGAAAGGAGUCUCGAAAGUAUACCGAAGAAGAAGGCGCAGACAUAUACGCUGGCGUUACGAAACUUGCGCCGCCUGGAGUCCCUCAAACCGUGUACAACGAGGUAAAGAAAACAUCGAGCAAGUACACUGGUCAAGAGCAGGUCGAGCAAACCAGCCGUGGGCAUCGUAAAUUUUCCCAACAGGUUACAAAAGUGAGUCAACCUAUUCAAAACAAUCCAAUUAUCGAGUUAGAAACAUCCAACGACGCGUAUCAAAAUACCGACGGAAAGGCCAACGUAAGGUUUCAGUCAUCGAGCGGAAGUAGAGCGGCAUUCAUCAAACAGGUAAACGAUUUGUCUGAGACAUUAGAGCCGAAUCCAGAUAUCGCUGCUAUUGGGGUUCAACCACCAAGCCCGAACACCAAGCCCUACAAAGAGUCAAUAGGGCCAGAUCCAAAAACCUGUCCUUGCUAUCUGCUCGAGCCUGGUAAUGAUACCGCCACUACCACGAGCACGACAUCCGUUCCUCUCAUUGGUCAGCUUGGCUUCAUUCCCGUGGUGUUUGUACCAUACUGUCCGGGCGACGAAACGGACGGCCAAUACAUGAAAGACAUGUUCCCCUCCGCAAUGCCCGUUCCGUACACAUGCAACGCAUGUGGCGCGCAAAACGGACGAAUCGAAACGAAGCUUCUCAGCCUGAAUCAGCUUGGCAACAUCGAGAACCUAAGGGAGGCGUUGCGUCAAGCGAAACUUGGCUUUUUGAAUGUUUCAGCCCGGAGUCGAACCGAGAGGCGACGAACCAAGAUCCGGAACGUCAAGUGA